UUUAAAUACAUCGAAGAAGAAAAAUCGUGUUGAAAAUUGUCACAGGUGACAAGACAGGUGUGUGGGAAGACGUAUGGUGUUAACUUAAAACAUGAGAAUAUUUGCAGAAAAUGACCGAAAGUGAAGGAAAAUAUUGGACCAGACCUGAACGUAGAAAAUGGGCAGGUGGACUCUUCUUUGGUUGUAUGGCUUUGUAUGCUUGUAGAACUGUGCCACCAUUAUGUUUACCAAAUAUGGCAGAAGAAUUUGGCUGGGACAAAACACAGUCGGGCACAGUCUUGGGAAGUUUUUUUUGGGGUUACACAAUGACUCAGUUUUUAGGAGGUUAUCUGAGUGACAAAAUUGGAGGAGAUGUAGUAUUGCCUGUAGCAGCCACUUUUUGGACAUUAGUCACAUUGAUGACACCCCAGCUUGCCUAUCUUUCAACAGAUAAAUAUACCACUCUCUACAUAGUUAUAUUGUCUAGAGUUUUAUUAGGAUUGUCACAAGGUUUCCAUGUGCCUGGUACAACAUCAUUAAUUGCCAGAAAAGUUUUAGAAGAAGAAAGAUCAUCAACAUAUAGUUUUGUGUGUGCUGGAUCUCCUCUUGGGACUUUAUUAACUGGAAGUGUUGGUUCUCUGCUAUUGGAAACUUAUGGCUGGCACAGUGUAUACUACUUUAUAGGUAUGUUUAGUAUUUUAUGGACAUUAGGCAUGAGAUUUAUACUGAUAGCCAACCAUAGAAAAAAGUACCAACUUUCAGUAGAUUCAGCAGAUAAACCUAUUAAAGUAGACAGGGAACCAGUGCCAUGGUUAAUGUUACUUACUAAAUCUGGAUUUUGGGCUCCUGUGAUUGGUCAUUUUUGUCAUGCUAACUCAUUCUUCAUCUUGCUAUCAUGGGCACCAACAUAUUUUCAUGAAAAUUUUCCAACAGCAAAGGGUUGGGUGUUUAAUGUUGUGCCGUGGGUAGUUUCAAUAUUCAGCAGUAUAUUUGGUGGAUGGCUAGCAGACACCAUGAUAAGAAAAGGGUACUCAGUCACUUUUGUCAGAAAGUUUAUAGAGACAAUCUCAUUAAUUGGUACAGCUGGAGCAUUGAUAUUAAUUUCCUACAUGUCAAAUUUUGAAGGAGCAUUAUUCUGUGUGGUCUUUGCUGUGGCUUCAUGUGGUCUUCAUAACAGUGGUAUACUCAUCAACACACAAGAUAUUGCACCAAAACAUGCUGGAUCAGUGUUUGGUAUUAUGAACAUGGCAGGAGCUAUUCCAGGUUUUGUAGGAGUAUAUAUGGCAGGUCACAUUUUAGAGGCCACCAAGAGCUGGGCAGCAGUAUUUAACCAGACAGCUGGUGUUUGUAUUUUUGGCUGUAUUGUUUACUUACUAUUUGGGACAGGAAAAAGGAUUAUAUGAAUGUAUUAUUAGUUUGUUGAAAUUGAUUAAAUCAAAUUUUACACUUGGAUUGGAGGGAAUAUUCAUUUACUUAUUUAUAUAUUUAUUCUAAUUGUAUUUUAUACUGAAUUAUUUUUUAAUUAAUUCUUUGAGGGUUGUUAAUUUUACAUGUGAUUUAUAUUUAUAUUUGCUCCUAUCAAAGGUACACAUUUGUUUUUAUAAAAGGCCAUAUUUAUACCCCUUCAAGGUGGAGAAGGAGUAUAUAGUAAUUAUUGUGUAUAUCAAAUUUUUAUGCUCCACAUACAAUAGUAGUGGUAACUAUGUUUUCUUGCCUGUGCAUUCAUCCGUUUGUCCUUUAGCCUGUCUUGUAUCAGGUUUAAUUUAUGGUUAAUUAAUGUAUUCUUAAUUCUUUGAUUGUUUUUAAUUUGACAUUUUAUGUUAGCUCUGCACAAUUUUUCUAAUUUAUUUUUACAAGACAUUGAAAUAUAAACAAAAUCAAAUUUACAAUUCUUGUGUUAAAAAAUCACAAAUAUUGACAAACAUGUUUUUGUGCUAGGAUUUCAACAAAAAUUGAUAUGUAUAGGUAUAAUAUGGUAUUCAAAAUUGUUUCCUGGUAUCAUAAUUUGAUUUCUUUUUUUAUUAAAAGUAGGGGAUAGAUAUACUUUUUGUUUAAAAAUCAUGAAUUUUGAAAAAUGUCCUCUUAUGCUAGAAUUUAUAAAAAAUUUGACAUAUAGAUGUAAUAAAUUAUUUCAAAAGUGAUGAUUGUGCCAAAAAAACAAAAUCACACGUUGAAUUAAUAGGUAGUGUCAAAAUUUGUGAAAAUUUACAACCUAUGAACAGGCAUUGCUUUGUAUGCAUCAGUCUCUUUGCCUCACAUAAAAAUGUGCAAGAGGGCCUCUUGCUAACAUGUCAGUUUUUCUAGUAUGUAUCUGUUUUAUAAUUUGGUAUACAGUAAUUAUUACAUUACAUAAAUAUCUUGUAUGGAUUCCAUUAUAUAAAACAACACUUCAAUGGCUGUUUGUGCUCAUCAUGACUUUGUUACAUUAAAAAUUCUGUAUAUAUCUUUAUUAAAUAAAUGCAGAUUUAUCAGUAGUUAUGCUCAGGUUGAUUUGAAAUUACAAUUAAUAUAUGAUCUAUAAGAGUUAUAUAUUAAAUGAUAUAUAUGUAAUGGUAUAUUUGCAUGAAAUUCAUUGACCUGGUUCUUCAGUAUAUUCAAAAUAUUCAUAUACAUUCAAUUGGAUAAGUAUUAGAUAGACUCCAUGGUUUUGGAAUUAGUGCUCAUAUCUAGGGACACUCCAGCUUUCAGACUGAGUCAUUUAAUCAAACUGUAUGUCCAAGAUAACAUAACUGUGUGUUUACCAAUCAAAAAAAUAGUUGUAACCUCUUCACAUUUGAUGAUUAUAACUCUUGUUGUUGAAUAAUUGUGUUUGUUUUAAAAUUUGUAUAAAAUUGAAAUUGUAUAUUUACAUGUUUAUUUUAACCAGAUUUUUAAAAAAUUUAACAUAAUGUGAAGAUACAUAAGAGUAAUAUCCCAUCAGUUUUAAUGAUUGGUUUAUCUCAAACAAAAUUGCAUAACUCAGAUGCUAUAAGUUCUUUGAUUAAGAAUGAUCUUGUCUUGUAGUAACAUUCUCAUUAGUGAAAACUUCAGGAUCUAUAUAAAAAGUGAAGAUUCAUGCUGAAUGCAGCAAGUUUAUGCUCAUGUUUACAUCAAAAUUGAAUAUGUACUAUAAUGUAUAGGAUUAUAGAAUCUUGCUUUCAUGUGAACUGAUGUAAAUGCCAAUAUAGAGUUAUAUCUAUUCUCCAUUAUCUUUGUUAUAUUUAUAUAUAUAAGUUGAGGUUAAAUUUGUUAAAAACUAUACAUGUAGAUUUAUAUUUAUCAUGAUUUGGAAAUUCAUAUACUGCAAUUUAUUAUCAAAUAUUUUCAUUAAACCAAUUAUAUAACCAAGCAUACUUUGAAAUCAUGGAUUGAAAUGACUAAAGUUUUAAUAAUUUGAAUUUAUAUCGCAUUGACUGACUCAUACAUGUCAAUUUUUCAGAGAAAAGAAUCUAAUGAAAAAGUGCUCAGGUGUGUGUUUUUUUUUUCUUUUAAUUUUCAUUUCUUAACUUCAAUUUGACAUUCUAACAUAUAAUAACUUGACAUAAUAAGUUGGUAAUUUUGUUUUUUGACCCAAAAACAAUAUGGGAUAUAAGUCUGUGCUAUUUAAUUUAUUUGCUGUCAAUACAAUUAUUUGUUUGUAAAACCUGGAUCUAUAAUGCCAUUACUACAAACAGAAAUUUAUGUGAAAAUAUUUUAGGAAGAAAUAUAUAAAUUGUUAUAUUUAAGUUUUGCAUGCAUUUUGAGAAGAGCACGAGGAGCUGUAUACAUGUAUGUAACUUUAAUACAUUCCCAAAAUAUAAAAGUUACAAAUGAUUUUUUUUUCUUAUGAAAUUCUGCAUGCUAUUGUUUAUGGUUACAUCAUAAGUGAAACAGAUUUUUGCUUCUUAAAGGUUGUUUGAAAAAGAUCAGUGGCGGAUCCAGAAAUUUUCAUAAGUGGGGGCCCACUGACUGCCUAAGAGGGGGCCCUGCUCCGGUCAUGCUUCAGUGAUUCUCUAUAUAAUCAACCAAAAUUUUCCCAGAAAAGGGGGGGGCCCAGACCCCCUGGGCCCUCCCUCUAAAUCUGCCUCUGACGAUGUUUUGAUGAGUGUUUUAUUUUUAUUGACGUUCCAUAAACAGAUCAUGUGAAAUAGUUUAUUUUUUAAAGGAGCUAUUUAAAGAUCUGUUAUUAUUUAUAACUUUUAUACUGUAAAACCCGAAAUCAAAAGCAUUUGAAGAUGGUAGUUAUUAUCUAGUUAAACAAAUUCUGAUACAUAUAAGUUUUUUCUGAUAAUCUAUAUAAAUUAUUGCUAGUGUUCAUUACUUUUCUUAUGUUAUGCCUACCACAUUAGACAAUGCAAGUUUGUAGUUUUACCACUGUAUAUGUUCAUACAUGUUUUCUUUCUAAAUUUUUAUGCCCCACCUACGAUAGUUCGUUCGUCCGUCUGUCUGUCCCGCUUCAGGUUCAAGUUUUUGGUCAAGGUAGUUUUUGAUGAAGUUGAAGUCCAAUCUACUUGAAACUUAGUACACAUGUUCCCUAUGGUAUGAUCUUUCUAAUAUUAAUGCCAAAUUAGAGUUUUGACCCCAAUUUCACGGUCCACUGAACAUAGAAAAUGAUAGUGCAAAUGGGGCAUCCGUGUACUAUGGACACAUUCUUGUUAUAUCUUGCCUUGAUGAAGUCCCAAAUACUUGACCAAGGCAUGCUGUUUCUUGCAGUUGUCCCAGGGGAAAAAAAGAAAUCGACAGUUGGUUGUUAAAUAGGUCAGUUUAAGGUGCACCAAUAUUGGUAAAUCAAUGAUAUUUGGUAUGCAGUUGUAUUAACUCAUCUCAUUUCCAUGAAGAUUAUAUGGCCAACCCGCUUAGUCAUAUUUUCAUUGCAACUGAAACUUUUGCAUAGUUUCAUGUAAAAGUUUGUGAUAAGGUCAGUUUAAAAGGAACACCCAAUGAUAAGUCAAUGGAGUUUGGUAAGGUGUUACAUUAGCAUUGGCAUAUCUCAUUUAACAGAGAAUAUUUAGCCCUGCAACUUCAGUCAUGGUUCAUUGACUUUGCAUAGUUUACACAUUUAAAGUAUUCCAUUUUGAUUAAAGUAUUUGCAUUAUACUGUCAAAAUUACAUACAGGUAAGACAUAAAUUUGUGUCAUCUGUUUAUUAUUUGUACAUGUUUCUAUUUUCCAAUCAAAACUUUUUUAGCUAUAAUCAUACAAUUUUUUAUUCUUUAAUUUUUGUAUGUUUUGAUUGUUGCAAAAAUUUAUAACUUUAGGAAGGGCAGCAUCAUUUUGUGAAUUUUAGGUAUUUCUUAAAAUAAUAUUUCUGAUUAACAUUUUUGUCUAUCCAGUGAUAAAAUCAUAUAAGCAAGACUUAAAUCAUGCAGUAUCUGUCAUUGCUGCAUCAAAAAUGUUAAAAGUCAUGAUUAGGUCUAUUAAAGAGGGCAAUAAUGUUCAAUCAAUGAUAUUGGUUUUGCAGUUGUGUUAACACGGUUGAAUCCCUUAUUCCCUGCAGAUUUUUUAGCACUACCAAUUCAUGAACUUGUAAUCAGUUAAUUUUGCAACUUCUGCAUAGUUUACAUAUUUAAAGUUUGUAAUUGGGUUGUUUAAGAUGAACCACCUAUGGUAAGUUCCAUGGAGAUUAAUUGGCCCUGCCCUCUUAGUCAUGGUCCAUUUACUUUGAUAGUUUUACACAGUUUACAUGUUAAAGUGUUGCCAUUAAGAAUUUUGACAUUUGCAUUAUAGUAUUGAAAUUAUACACAUAGGUGAAACAUAUUUAUGUGUUGACAGUUUAUAAUUGUAUUAAAGAAAAUGCUUUCAAAAUUUUACUUGUUGAGCUGUUAUCACCUGAAAUCACGGUAUCUUGUCCAGAAUAAAUUUUAACAUUUUUCAUGGAUGAUGUAACAGUAUUUUUUUAAGUCAUAUAUAUGUCCUUUAUAUAGUUUUCAUGCUCUAGUGGUCAUUUAGUUUUAUGUCACGUGGUCUAAAACAAAAUACCCUCAGCAUCUUAUUUGCAUUGAGUAAAAUUACGUCUUUUCUUUUGUGCAAUAUAAACUGAAGGUAUAUAAAAAAACUCUUUUAACCCUGAAACUAGACUGGAAGUUACCAAAUGUACAAAAUUGUUAAAUCAAGAAAUAUGUAUACAAAACACAUUUCAACCAGUUCAACCAUAAUAAAACAAUUUCUAACCAUUUAUUAUAAUGAUUUAAAUUUUAAAGAAUCAUAAAACUGAUAAUGUUGCUUUUGUAAUCAAAGCAACUUUAUAAUGCUGUUCACCUUUCUAUAUUAACUUUUGCUACUUGGUAAAGCUGAAAAAUCAUAAAUUUGAUAAGGUCGAAUAUUUGGAGUAGCUGAAGUUUGAUUGAAUUUAUCAUUAUAACAAAAUAAGAUAUCAAGAUACAAUGAAAUAUAACUUAAUGUAGGGAAAAAAUAAUGGUUUUAGAUAUCUUUAAUUUAUUUUAACAAUGUUCGACCAAACAAAAUACAUGUAGUCUGUUCACAGGUAUGUUCAAUGAUUACCUCAUAUUUCAUAAUUAAAAAAAAAUGAAAACCUGAAUCUUUCUUCUAAAAAUGCAAUGUAUAAUAUUUUUAAUUUUUAUUUGUGUAUUCUUUUAUAUCCAUGUUGAAUCAUUGCUAGUUUGAAAAGUUCCAUCUAUUUACAAUAAAUGUGUAGUAAUGUUUUAUAUAAAUGUGAUAUUUAUGAAAUAGCAAAUUAGUCUUUCAAUUGAAUUAAUAUACACCUCAAGUAAUAACUUUCAGUAGUGUGUUCUUUCUGUUAGACAAUCAAUCAUAAAGUUAUCAGAAGUCCGGGCUUUCUUGGUACAAACUGUUUUAUUUUUGAGUUAUUUUAAUGCUAGUUUUUAACUGGAGAGAGUCUGUGAUUUUCACAACUGAAACUUUGUGAGAAAGGGGAAUGGACAGGAACACUAAAGAAGAGUUUCAUAUUAAAUAAAAGAAAAAUCAAAUA